UGUCCACCAGGCCAGGAGCUGAGACAGAUCAGCUGUAUUUAUUCACCCACCCAUUAUUCAGAGGCUGACAGAUCGUCGUAGUUAACCACACUGCUUUUCGUCCUUGUGACUAUUGUCAGAAAACUCUUUUUGGAAUAUUCAUUUUACUGAAUGUACAGCACGGAGACGGAAUAUUUAGGCGAGUAGCACAUCAUGGAAUACACAGGAUUCCCGGCUUCUCCAUGGUUCUUUGUCUCUCUUGUAAUGUUCAUGGCGCACAACACAAAUGGAGAUGUGAGCUAUUCUGUUCCGGAAGAAAUGAAGCACGGGUCUGUACUUGGAAAUAUAGCCAAAGAUUUCGGACUGGAUGUGAAUAAGCUCUCUGUUCGUAAUGCUCGGAUUGAUGCUGCAGGUAACAACAAGCGUUAUUGCGACAUAAACCUGAGAACUGGGGAGUUGACUGUGAACGAACGAAUUGACCGAGAGGAGCUAUGUUCAGAAAAGGCUUCGUGCCUGCUUAAAUUUGAAUUAGUGUUAGAACGUCCUUUGGAGCUUCAUCGUUUUACACUUCAAAUUCAGGAUAUCAAUGAUAACUCGCCUAUUUUCCCAAAGAAUAUGAUCACAUUUGAAAUAGGCGAGUCUGCAUACAAAGGAGCUCGCUUUCGUGUUAAUGAAGCACACGAUGCAGACAUAGGACAGAAUGCGGUUCAAAACUAUGCAUUGCAGAGGAAUGAGUAUUUCACUCUGUCUGUAAAUCCCAAUGCAAGCGGAAGAAAGACUAUUGAAUUGGUUUUAAAUAAGGAACUAGAUCGUGAACAACAGGAGGAAGUAACGGUAAUUCUUACUGCCUCUGAUGGUGGAAGUCCGCCGAGGUCAGGCACCAUAGCCAUACACGUCACAGUUAUUGACGCCAAUGACAACGCUCCAGUGUUCAGUCAGGAUAUAUAUGAAGCAAGUCUAUCCGAAAACUCCCCUGUGGAUACAGUAGUGCUUACUGUAACCGCGACUGAUGUAGACGAUGGCCCUAAUGGCGAAGUCACAUAUGAAUUUAGUCGGGUGUCUAGCAAAGCUAGAAGCGCUUUUUCUUUGGACACAGUUUCUGGUGAGAUCAGAGUUAUUGGACCAAUUGACUUUGAGGAAGACACCAAAUUUGAAAUUCUCGUUGAAGGCAAAGACGCAUUUGGCCUGUCUUCGGACACUAAAGUUGUCAUAGAUAUAAUAGACAUUAAUGACAACUCUCCUGUUAUAUUUAUUAAGUCGUUGAAUAACCCAAUUCCCGAAAAUGCGCCUCCUGGCACUGAGGUUGGUAUAAUCAACGUGCAGGAUGUAGACUCCGAGAAGAACGGGCAGGUACGCUGUCUCAUCCAGCAUAACGUCCCUUUCCAACUCCUGCCAUCGAUCACUAAUUAUUAUUCACUGGUGACCACAGCAGAACUUGAUAGGGAAGUGUUAUCUGACUACAACAUUACUAUAACUGCAACUGACCAAGGUUCACCGUCACUGUCUUCCUCUAAAGUUCUACAGUUUUCUAUUGCUGACGUUAAUGACAAUCCCCCAGUGUUUGAGCAGCAGUCAUAUAGCACAUAUGUAAAUGAAAACAACAACCCAGGUUCCUCACUUUGUUCAGUAACUGCCAGAGAUCCCGACUGGAGACAAAAUGGCACUGUGAUAUACUCUCUGUUGCCCGGCGAAAUACAUGGCACUCCAGCUUCUGAUUUAGUAUCUGUAAAUGGAGACACUGGAGUAAUCCACACCGUCAGGUCAUUUGAUUACGAGAAAUUCAAAAGUUUUAAAGUUCAGGUGAUGGCCAGAGACAACGGCUCUCCGCCACUCAGCAGCAACGUGACUGUACGUGUCCUGUUGUCAGAUAUGAACGACAAUAUUCCGCAGAUAUUGUACCCCACACCCGAGGGAAAUACGUUCAUGACUGAGAUGGUGCCCACAGCUGUACAGGCAAACUCUUUAGUUUCUAAGGUGAUCGCUGUGGACGCUGAUUCAGGGCAGAACGCGUGGCUGUCAUAUCACAUUGUGAAGUCGACUGAUCCGGGACUUUUUACUAUCGGUGUCCAUAGCGGAGAGAUUAGGACGCAGAGAGACAUUUCUGAAUCUGACGCCAUGAAACAGACUCUUGUUGUGUCUGUGAGAGACAAUGGACAACCACCUAUGUCUGCCACGUGCACCGUAAAUCUACUUAUAUCAGACAAUUUGGCCGAAGUUCCUGAACUUAAAGACAUGGCCUCCGCGGACGGCAGUUCCAAGCUCACCACUUAUUUGAUCAUUGCGCUAGUGUCAAUAUCUACAUUCUUCCUCACCUUCAUAAUCAUUAUUCUUGCAGUGAGGUUUUGCCACAGGAGAAAGCCCAGAAUGUUGUUUGAUGGCGCCCUGGCUAUCCCCAGUGCAUAUUUGCCUCCAAAUUACGCAGACGUGGAUGGCACAGGAACUCUGCGCAGUGUUUUUAACUAUGAUGCAUAUCUCACCACGGGAUCGCGCACCAGUGACUUUAAAUUUGCCAGAUCUUACAAUGACGGGACGCUGCAAGCUGACAUGACAUUGAAAACAUCUACAUUAAAGAGAUGCGACGACUUGCUUGACACCACUGAUCCACUACAGUGAUUUGCUGUGUACAAUGGGGCACAAAGGGUUGUCGGCCAUGCGUCUGCUGUUCG